AGUGUAUCACAAACUCGAGCAUUAGCACCAACCAGCUCUGAGCACCAUCAGUCUCUGGAAAGCCUUCUGAAUUAGACAAGGGCUGCCUCUCAGCACAGCUACAAAACACUUUCAACCUGACCAGCUAAAUGGAUAAACCUAGCCUGCAUAGCUUUUAAACUGGGGUCUCGCACAGCACAGGCGGCCUGGCUUGCUUCAACAGCUGCAAAAUCCUGAGGAUGAAUUGCUUUAUCUGGGAAUGGCAAAAGCCCGCACAGUAAGGAAUGCCAGGUUUCCGUCUAAUCACGCAGCUGAAAGGCAUGAGUGUGUUUCUGGUGCUAUUUCCCACCCUGCUGCUGGUUAUGCUGACGGGGGCUCAGAGAGCUUGCCCAAAGAACUGCAGAUGCGAUGGCAAGAUUGUAUACUGCGAGUCUCACGCCUUCGCAGACAUCCCUGAGAACAUUUCUGGAGGGUCACAAGGUUUAUCCUUAAGGUUCAACAGCAUUCAGAAACUCAAAUCCAAUCAGUUUGCCGGCCUUAACCAGCUUAUAUGGCUUUAUCUUGACCAUAAUUACAUUAGCUCAGUGGAUGAAGAUGCCUUUCAAGGGAUCCGCAGACUGAAAGAAUUAAUUCUAAGCUCCAACAAAAUUACCUAUCUGCACAAUAAAACAUUUCACCCAGUCCCCAAUCUCCGCAACUUGGAUCUCUCCUACAACAAACUUCAGACCUUACAAUCUGAGCAGUUUAAAGGCCUCCGGAAACUCAUAAUUUUGCACUUGCGAUCUAAUUCUCUAAAGACCGUGCCCAUAAGGGUUUUUCAAGAUUGCCGGAACCUUGACUUUCUGGAUUUGGGCUACAAUCGUCUCAGAAGCCUAUCGCGAAAUGCAUUUGCUGGUCUUCUGAAGUUGAAAGAGCUCCAUCUGGAGCACAAUCAGUUUUCAAAGAUCAACUUUGCUCAUUUUCCUCGUCUCUUCAACCUGCGAUCCAUUUACCUGCAAUGGAACAGGAUCCGCUCUGUCAGUCAAGGCCUAACCUGGACCUGGAGUUCCUUGCACACCUUGGAUUUAUCAGGGAAUGACAUCCAAGCAGUCGAGCCCGGCACAUUUAAAUGCCUCCCCAAUUUGCAAAAAUUGAAUUUGGAUUCCAACAAGCUCACCAAUGUCUCCCAGGAGACUGUCAAUGCAUGGAUAUCCUUAAUAUCCAUCACCUUGUCUGGAAACAUGUGGGAAUGUAGUCGGAGCAUCUGUCCUCUCUUCUACUGGCUGAAGAAUUUCAAAGGGAAUAAAGAAAGUACCAUGAUAUGCGCAGGGCCUAAGCACAUACAGGGUGAGAAGGUUAGCGAUGCUGUGGAGACCUACAACAUCUGCUCUGACGUCCAGGUAGUCAACACGGAAAGAUCACACCUGGCUCCUCAAACACCCCAGAAGCCCCCGUUCUUUCCCAAACCUACCAUCUUCAAACCGGAUGCCAUCCCAGCCACCCUGGAGGCAGUGAGCCCAUCCCCGGGCUUUCAAAUUCCAGGUACGGAUCAUGAGUAUGAGCAUGUGUCAUUUCACAAAAUCAUCGCAGGGAGCGUGGCUCUGUUCCUCUCCGUGGCCAUGAUUCUCCUGGUGAUCUAUGUGUCUUGGAAACGGUACCCAGCCAGCAUGAAGCAACUCCAACAGCACUCACUUAUGAAGAGGAGACGGAAAAAGGCGAGGGAGUCAGAGAGACAAAUGAAUUCCCCUUUACAGGAAUACUACGUGGACUACAAGCCGACGAACUCUGAGACCAUGGAUAUAUCGGUUAAUGGAUCUGGUCCCUGCACAUAUACCAUCUCUGGCUCCAGGGAGUGUGAGGUAUGAACCGUGAUCCUCCUAAAACCAUUUCCACUGCGGGGAAGGAGAGGUAAAUGUUUGAGGCUCUAGUGGUGUGGCUAAUCACUAGAAAGAUUAACGACCCUUUUGCUUUGGGGUUUUGCUCAGUGUGAAAGGUUACUUAAUUAAAUUGCAACCACCAGGAAACUGACUACUUUAAAAAAAAAAAUGGUUGAAACUUGAAAGAAAAUCAUUCAAGGAUGGGAUUAAGUUGUAAUAAAAUUCUAUGUUAAAACACCUGUUUUUUUUCAGUUGUUUUG